UAGCCACGACCUAUAAAGACUCCCAAUAAAUAAUCUAAGAACCAGAACGGCUAUUUCGACGAAAAUCAUUCGGAUGCCGUGGCAAUGGCCCUUUCAGUAUAAGCCACCGUGGAGCUUGGCUGGAAGCGCCUACACGAUUGUCGCAUUACUCCCUUCAUCCUAUAUCUAUAUGGCCCCGUUUCUUCGAUUGUCUGUCGUCUUGAUAUACGUGCUUUCCCGGUUACUUAGCUUCGAUAAAGAGGUUUUGCUUUGCCAAAAGGCGCCGUAUGAUGUGUAAUCGUUCCUAGAUUAGCUCACAUAGGUACCAG